ACACCAACGGCACCAUGAAUAGUUGUUGUUAUACUACUUUCUACGUGUGCUGGGAAUCCGCUGGGGGGACUUCAUUCCAUACAGGCUUAGAAUGCUCGGACAUUAUUUCCACGACUGCAGAUACAGGAACAUGGGAGCGACUGGGAAGCCUGGGAGCUGCUCGGGGCUUCAUGUCAGAGAACAAGUCCGUCUGUGCAGCUGUCUUCAGCUAUUGAGGCACAGAUCCAGCUGGAGAGGAGAGCAGGAGGCGGAGGAGAGGAGGAGGAGAGGAGGAGUACAUCAUCAUUAAUUUGAGGAGUGACCCCCGGGGCUAUCCACAUGUCUCAACCCGGGUUUCUCCAAGCAAGGCGGCGCGCACCGGAGCCAGUGGCGAGCCCGGAUUUUGGGGAGUUUCUGGCUGCUCAGAUAGAUAGAUAGAUAGAUAGAUAGAUAGGUAGAUAGGUAGAUAGGUAGAUAGAUAGAUAGGUAGAUAGGUAGGUAGGUAGGUAGGUAGGUAGGUAGGUACAUAGAUAGAUAGAUAGAUAGAUAGAUAGAUAGAUAGAUAGAUAAUCCCCCAAAAAUGACAUAGCCAAAUUUUAUUUAUCAACUCUUAUUCAUUUAUUUGUUCAAUCUUCUGUUUUUUUUCUGCUCACUAUGAACAUAUUCUUUACUAAUUCAUUUAAAAUCAAUUAAGUGAUUAGCAUCAAUUCAGAGAAAUGUACCUAAUUAGGCCCUAAUGCAUUUAAACUGAUACAUACGUUUGCAUAUUCAGGACAUUGAUUGGCCUAAUUGAUUGAUUGGAGCUGCAGAUUAAUCUCCACUUCUUCAUCCUUCUUUCAGAGGUCCCUCUAAAACACGCUCUUCUUGGGUUGUUCUCUUAGUUUUUAUGUCGUCAUCCCGAGAAGGAAAAUGCAUAUUAAAGUUACAGUCUGGUCAUUUUUAGAGUGGGAAACUUCUGACGUCAGAGUCACCGCCGUUUAAAACAACCUGCCUCUGCUGCUGACGUCUUUUAUACUACUUUUUUAUAAGGCAAAAAUAUGUAUCUGACAACAAAGUGAUUAUUCCAGGCAGAAACACUCGUGUCACCUGUGCAGACUUUAAAACAGCAAACAGGAGAGAUUCUACUUGCUUUUUUUAAUUAUUUAUUAUUGGGGUUUUUUUUUUACCUUUGGGGCGUUGAGUGGGGGCAUUUUACACAAAUUAAACAUGCUACUCUGCUUCGCCCUAUAAGCAUCUAGGAGCCUGUGCUUACCAAUCAAUUGGUACAGUCAAACAGAGCCGCAGCUGCGUUAGAGUGGAGACCUUCAGUCUCGCCGUAUUUCUGGAUAUUGGGGGACCUCUCUACCAUGUCAUAUCCACAAUUUGGAUAUCCCUACUCGUCUGCUCCACAAUUCCUGAUGACAACCAACUCUCUGACCACUUGCUGCGAGUCCACCGGCAGAUCCAUCGCCGACUCCGGAGUAGCGGCGUCCGGACAGACACCAGUCUACUGUCCCGUGUACGAGAGCCGGCUGCUGGCCACAGCGAGGCAUGAACUGAGCUCGGCCGCGGCGCUGGGAGUGUACGGGAGCCCGUACACCGGCGGCCAAGGCUACGGGAAUUACGUUACAUACGGCACGGACGCCUCGGCUUUCUACUCGCUGGGAACAUUCGACACUAAAGAUGCCACAGCUUCUGCGCAUGCGGGAAUAACACAGGCAACAGCUUACUACCCCUAUGAUCCAACCCUGGGACAGUAUCAGUAUGACAGAUAUGGUUCCAUGGACGGAGGAACGAGGCGGAAGAACGCCACACGUGAGACGACCAGCACGCUGAAGGCCUGGCUGCAGGAGCACAGGAAGAACCCCUACCCAACUAAAGGGGAGAAGAUCAUGCUGGCCAUCAUCACCAAGAUGACGCUGACGCAGGUCUCCACAUGGUUCGCCAACGCCAGGAGGAGGCUCAAGAAGGAGAACAAGAUGACCUGGCCGCCCAGAAACAAGGGCUCAGAGGAGAAGAGAUACGACGACGAUGAGGAUGGCUCUCAGGAGGAGCAGAUAAAAAGCGAGAAUAAUGAUGAUGAGACCAGGAGUCGACCUGACAAGGACCUGCAGCUCAGCGACCUGGAGGAUUUCGACACGCUGGAGUCUGAGAGCUCCGAGUGCGAGCUGAAGCACCGAUACCACCUGAACACGCACAUGUCCACCACGACCAGCGACUGUCCGACCGAGCACCUCAUCAAGGACACGUCCCUGAAGAUCCCCAUCCCGGUGUCCCUCGGAGCGGAGCAGGACUUGAGCAAAAGCUGUCUCAAAACGAGCCCGGAGGAUUUCCAGGCGGACAGCAGGCAGCAGAAGGCGUGUUACAACCAGCAGCCAGCAGGGCACCAGAUACUAGACGGGAAACCCCGGAUCUGGUCUCUGGCCCAAACCGCGACGUCCCUCAACCAGACUGAGUAUCCGUCCUGUAUGCUGAGGUGCCAGCCGCCGCCCUCCUCCCUCACCCCGUCCCCCGCCGCUACCUCACCCGUGACCGGCCUGGACAACAGGCAGGACUCGCCGGUCACGACCCUGAGAAACUGGGUGGACGGGGUUUUCCACGACCCCUUGUUCAGGCACAGCACUUUGAGCCAGGCUCUGACCAACACCACCGUCUCUUGGACCACGAACACCAAAGGCGCCAUUCUGGAGGCGGAGCGAAGCGCGGCGGCCCUGCAGCAGCACCAAGACUCCUCCAAAGACAUGAGCUUCCCAAAAACUAUCAACAAACUUUUCUGCUCCUAACAGAACCAAAACGAGCCGUUUAUUGCAAAAAAAAAAAAGACAGAGACUUCUGGUGACUGAGUCGGUUGCAAAAGCCUCCACGAUUCCCUUCAUCCAGUUUUAUUGGUUUUACAGCAGUUGUAGCCUCGUGCUGUUACACUGGAGUUACAGAUCAGAUCAGUUCGGCUUAUUUCAUCCAACGCACGCACAAAACGUAUCGAAAUGUAAAAGUUUACAUCUUGGAGAGAUAAAAAAAUAAGGUUUACAUGAUUUUUUUUCCUUUUUAAAUAAUUUUCUUUACCAUGCGCAUGCAAAUGUAAUUGAAUAUUAUUUAGGUCUCAGCAGUUGAGUAUCACUAUUAAAAGAAGAAAAAAAGAGUCUCACAAAUGCACUGCUCUCCUGGAAAGUGGAUGAGAGCGUUUCAACUUUGUUCACUGAAAAUAAAAGCAGUCGGUUUCUGAA